AUGUCUGAUCGGGACGACGCUCGCUUGGCGGUUCCCAAGUUCUCAUCCUUCACGUCGAGCAAGCCCAAGUCUACCACGUCAGACAAGUCGUUGACCAGACAUGGAGCAUCUACUGUGCCCAAAUUCUCGUCUUUCAAAACGUCGGAAAAGAACGCCGGGGAUACCGAGCACUCCACGGACUGUCACCGCAAGCACGAUGAUGAACGUUGUAGGCGACACGACGAGGAUCGCAAGAAAAGGAGCCACCGCCAUCCGGACAGAGACAGGGACCACAAAGAUGUAAAGCGACGUCGUCAUGAGCGCCCUGCUGCGGAUGCACCGGCAGGACAGGAUCGGCUCAGUUCUCAAAGAUCCAGGGGCCCGGAAGAGCGGCACCACGCCAGCUUACCUGCCACAUCUUCCCAGGCUUUCUUUUUUGAUACUAAAGGCGACCCACUGAUCCGGAAAUACGGUGGCAUAGAGAGAGCCAAGAUACCAGAUUACAGGCGGUGGGGCGCAGGCAAGGUUCUGGGUACGGCAGGCCGACUGGUCAUUCAUCGUGAAGGAGCGAGAGAUCUCUUCAGCCUACGCAUGCCGGGCGAUGGCUUCUCGAGCGAGAGAGAGGGACUGAGGUCCAAGAGGCUACGGCUCCAGCCGCCAGUGGCCUUGAGGGCCAGAAAGCAGACAGCUGAUGCAGAGUCUGAAGAAGGCUUCCUGCCUGUCGGUGGCUACAUACCGCCUCGCAAGAGUGUCCAAGAUGUGGACUCGGAAGGAGAUGAACAGGUGAACUAUCGAUCGAUCGAAGGCAAGGCAAAGACGAAACAGUUGGUUGACAGUGAAGCGAGCGAGGAAUCUGAACCCGAGGACGAGGAUGAGGCGCCACCCCUGGAUCGGACUGACCCCCUAAAAGUGCGAUCUAUAGAGCUGAGACGACAGGUCAAAGAGCAUCCCAACAACAUUGAUGCGUGGAUUGAGCUGGUACAUCACCAGGACGCACUACUGCGCGCCGGGCAGGUCCUCAGCCACGAAGGAUCACGGGACGAGGCCCACAGCUACACGGAGAUCAAGGUCUCUAUGCUCGAAUCAGCCCUAGAGAACACCAAGAAUCCACGCGACCGAGCUCGGGUUCUCAACAUGCUGAUGCGCGAGGGUGUCAAAGUUUGGCCUCCAAAGACGGCUGCGAAGAAGUGGUCCGAAGUACAGCACGAGGAAGAGCAUGAUUUGUUUCUAUGGAAGGCACACCUCGAGUUUGAAAUGUCCAACAUUGUGUCUUUUCAGUUCGACAGGAUAAGGGAUAUGUUGACAACAAGGCUUCACCAGGCCGCGAAUCGAUCCGAGCGUGGGAGCAACGACUAUAUUGAAGCAAUCUACGUCUUUCUUAUACUGACUCGGUUCAUCUUUGACGCGGGGUUCAAAGAAUUGGCUGUCGCAGCCUGGCAAGGGCUGAUGGAAAUGACAUGCUUCCGACCGAGCCAUAUCGCGAAUCUAGAUGAGGCCCGAACAGAAUUCCAGGACUUCUGGGAUAGCGAAGUCGCCCGCUUCGGCGAGCCGGAUGCACAAGGCUGGAAGAGCUAUGCUGCAGGCAAAGGCGAUUUGGAACCUCCUGAGCCAGCGCAAGCCCAAGACGAGAGCAGGCCAGGGCAAUCGGGUGACGUCUACAAACGCUGGGCGACUAUGGAGCGCUCGCAGGCGGAGACAGCGCGUAUGCCAGCCCGAACGUUGGAUGAAGACACAGGAGAUGAUCCGUUCAGAGUUGUCAUGUUUUCCGAUAUCCAGCCUCUUCUCUUCUUCAUACCAUCAAAUGUCCUGCCACAAGUGCGCACCUACUUGCUAGAUGCUUUUCUGAUAUUCUGCGGCCUGGCCCCGGCGUUUUCCUCGAACGAGUGGCCCCAGAACCCUUUGCAAGACGCAUUCCUCUCGGGGGCCAGGGCUGCGUUGGGAGUCAACGGCAGCUGGGACACAGAGGAGAAUGGCGAGUUGGGUGAGGGUACGCGGAAGUCACCAAAUUUCGGAACUGCAAACAUAUGUGCGGUUCCCUCUGCAGAUCUACUGACCAGCAAUGAAACCUGGUACAGCUAUCUUCGCUCGGUCGCGAGCUCGGCAACACUGAGCACCGAUUGGAGCCAGAAAGGUACGAUGCAGGCUAUUCAGGGGCUUGGGCUUGGAGCCUCAGCGCCGUAUGCACUCGCCUUGGGUGCUGCGAAUCCCGAGACGAUUUUGAAAAAACUGGCCAAGGGGAUGUUGAAGCAGUACCCUACCGAUGCAGCGUUGUACAACCUGUAUGCGGUCAUCGAGCAUGCUCAAGGCAACAAUGACACGGCCGUCAAGGUACUUGGCUCAGCUGCAGCCAUGUUCAAGGACAUGUCCAAGCCUUGUGGCUUGUUGCUCUGGAGAACAUGGGCCUGGUUUGAUCUCGAAGCUGGCAACAAGAAGCUGGCCAUCAAGCGACUGUGCUCUUUUGCAGAUGAGAACUUGCGCCAGGCUCCGGAUGCCACGUUCAACGCAUCUGGUGCGGACCUUUUGAAGGCUCGACAAGCCAUAGCAUCGAUCGAGCUUGGUUCGGGUGCCGUGAGCGUUGAGCUGGCGCAAACGCAAGCCGAAAGUCUAGCAUUAUUGGCCUACCUUACAGCAGAUGGCUGUACAGAACCCACAUCCAUAGCCCAGGGCAACAUCUCGGCUGCCAUGGCUAGCGUGGACGAGGCGACAAGAGACUUCCGUCUCCGAGGGGCAGUAGCUCGGGCUGCGCAUGAGGCGACUCUGCAAUUCGCAGCCAAGCUACUCCAUCUCCAUGCCUCCAAGGGACCCUUCCGGCGGGGAUUCAUACGCGAGCAGCUCAUCAAAUUUUUGGACAUUUGUCCUCGCAACACUGUCUUGCUCUCCCUCUUGGAAUGGUGCGACUCCAGCCUACGGGUGAUUGAUGACACGCGUACAUUGCUACACGACAAGAUCCUGAUCCGGCCGCAUGAUUGCCACAGCAGCCGUGUUUUUGCCAUUGAGCACGAGCUGAACCGGGGCAACGUGAACACGACGCGCAGCGCAUUCGAGCAGGCCGUGUCCAGCGACGCCGGCAAGUCGAGCGUGCAGCUGUGGAUAUCGUACAUACGCUUCUGCCACUCCCACAAGGAGCUACGCGCGAAGGCGAAGGACACUUUCUACAGAGCACUACGGGACUGCCCGUGGUCCAAGGAUGUCAUGAUGGAGGCAUUCGGGACGCUGGUGCAGGACAUGGACAGCCACGAGCUGCGCAGCGUGUAUAAUACAAUGAUGGAGAAGGGACUUCGUGUCCAUGUGGACUUGGAAGAGUUCCUGGGUCGACACGAGGUCCCCAAGGAGUGGAAGCGCUGA